AUGAAUUGCUCGAGAAAAUUGGUCAAGGAACUGCUUAUUAAGAAGAGACAGGGCAUAUUAGCUGUCGAGCCCACGCCGAUCGAAAGUAUACCAUUGAGCCCAUUGGUGACGAAUUUCGAAAGAUGGUCUGAUAAGAGACGAAAGUUGUAUUUUGAGGAUGAUAAAACAAUGCUUGAUGAAGGUCUCCAGGAUUUCAAACUGGAGAAUAAUGUGUUUGCCUCAAUGCUUGCCUCACCCAUGAGAUGCGAAAGAUUAACACGACAGAGGGUUCCAAAAGAUUUACUGAUACAGCUGAAACUUCAAAAACUACCAGAUGUACAGGGGGCUAAGCACAGUUUGAAGCUUGUACCCACUGCUCUGCAUCAGAAAGGAAAUAAGAGUUCUUAUUUGCUGAAUUCAGGCAAAAUAAUAAAAAAAAAUGCGAAACUAUCUCCUAGCUGGAUCCCAAUACCAGCACUGUUGUCAGGUAUGAGAUAUUUCAAAGUUUCAGAUGUUUUCAUUGAUAGAGAUAACUUCUUGGAAGAGUAUUCUAAAGAAACGCAAGAGUAUCUAGAAAGUGAGCUGAACAAAGUGAAGAACUAUGAGACAGUGUUACGAAACUGGAGUAUAGUUGUUGCCUAUGAUGAGGGAAAUACUAAUUCGAUCGAGCUUCUCAGCAUGGGCGCCUUGGAAAUCUUAAAGCUCAAUUUAGGCUGUCUUGGUUGCGCGUCUCCACUUCGUCAAAUCGUGGAGUUCAAAAGUAACCAUGAUCUAGGUCUCGUAUUGGAACUCCCCCGUGACGAGAAGAUAGUCAAGCUGCUUUACCGUUUACUGGCGUGCUUUUCAUCAUCACGUUAA